UUUCGAAGCGAAGCCACCGAUACGCUGGCUAAUGGAGGAGCUCUAUUGUAGUACGCUGUAAUAUAUAACUAAAUCUCAAACCGAACGCAUCUUUCAGUCAUUAUUUGGUCGCGGUGCGCGUGCUGUAAAAUGCUGACCGAACGGGUGCUCGGUUUCGUUGUGCUAUUUGUGCUGAUAUCGGUGGCCAGUGUCAGUGAUGGUGCCAGGAUAUUGGCAAUUUUUCCGGCCCCUGCCAAAAGCCACCAGAUUGUGUUCCGAUCAUUGGUCCAAGGACUUCUGGAGAGGGGCCAUUCCAUCACCAUGAUGACGCCGGAUCCGUUCGAAACGGACAAUCCGAACAUUACGCAAAUCAACUGGCACUAUGCGCACAAGAUAGUGGAAGAAAAUUUUGAUGUAGCGAAGAUGCGACAGCAGAACUGUAACUCUUUGGACAUUGCUGCGGGGCUGUUGGAAGUGACAAAAAGAUUUAUCGAAGCGGAGCUGGCCCAUCCGGAAGUGCAAGCUCUUAUCAGAAAUGCUAACGAUGAGCAAUUUGAUGUGCUGCUGGUGGAGUACUUCCAGAUGACACCAUUCUAUGCAUUUGCUGAGCUAUUCAACGUGCCCAUGAUUGGAGUCACAUCAAUCGAUUCCAUUUCGAUGGCUCAUCAGGUGAUCGGAAAUGUGAUGAAUGUGGUUGCCCAUCCAGAGAUGAACCACAAAUUUUCAAUGAAUCCAAACUUCCUUGAACGGGUAGAAGCAGUUGUGACUAAAAUGUUCAUCGAUUACUAUUUAAUACCGAAGGAGUUCGAGAAGUACGAUCAAAUAAUUGAGCAAAAUUUCGGAGGCAACAUCUCCAAAUCAAUCGAUCUGAUGCAACGAGUAGACUUCUUGAUGACAAAUGUUGAUCCCACGAUGGGAUUCAUCCGGCCGAUCGUCCCGCAGGCGAUACAGCUGGGAUUUUUGCACGUGAAACCUCCGAAACCGUUACCCCAAGACCUGCAGCGCUACCUGGACCGAUCCACCCAUGGGGUGAUUUAUUUCAGCCUCGGCACGCUGAUACGCAGUGAUUCGAUCAAUGAAAGAAAUUUGAAAAUAUUCGUAGACACGUUCAAAUCGUUGAAGUACGAUAUUCUGUGGAAGUGCGACAGUGUAGUGAACCUCAACGGUACCAGCAACAUAAGGAUUUCGAAGUGGUUCCCACAACAAGAUCUGCUCGCCCACCCGAACGUGAAGCUGUUCGUGACUCAAGGGGGACAGCAAUCGAUGGAGGAAGCGGUGGAUCGAAAGGUUCCGAUGGUGGUGAUACCGUUCAACUUCGACCAGUUUGGCAACGGAGACAAAGUGGUCGAACGUGGCAUCGGAAAGUCGAUCUGGAUGGAACACCUCACGACGGAGAACCUACGCUCCGCGAUUGUGGAGGUGAUAGGAAGCAAAACAUAUAAACGAAACAUCGAACGGCUAUCCAAGCUGGUGCGAGAUCAACCGAUGCACCCGCUAGACAAAGCCAUCUGGUGGACGGAGUACAUCAUCCGGAACCAGGGGGCGUCCCACCUGCGGUACAAGCCGGCCCAAAUGCCAAUCUGGCAGUAUCACUACUACGACGUGGUGGGCGCCCUGCUGACCGCAGCUCUGGUGAUCGUCACCUUGAUUGCCUACAUCGGCAAGCGUCUGCUGAAGUACCUGAUUCUACGGGGGCCUUGGUUUGCCGAUCUGCGAGUGAAGCAGAAAGCGCUCUAGUCGUGGCGCGGUGGUGGUGGAACGGAGAGGAUGAAUGGAAACGAAUAGUCGAAGGUGAAUGAAUGAAAAGAGAUGUGAGAAAUGAUCUGUCGACCAAAAUACCGCGAUAAGUAUUGAGCAAAGAACGCAAGCUCUUUUGGAAUAUGAAUGGGCAACGUCACUCAAUGCGUCGGCUGCAUAUGUUGGCCCCGUAACCUUGCACAUUGUUGUUACUUGCUUGUGGACAUAUUGAACAAGCGCGAUGAUCAACAGAUGACGCCUAUCGAGGUUUCUCCCAAAAGAAGGUGUGUUUGACAAAAUGCUGAAUUUAGGUUAACAAUACCCCACAUUAGUUAAGAGUCUAUUUAAAUGGAUAACACGAAAUACGAGAACACUGAUUUGCAAUCAGCGCAUUAAAUUCGAACUACUAUAAUUAGUAGCGAAGAACUAUAAGUUGACGUGUUUUCUGUUAUUUAUAUGUACCAUAAGCUAAAAUAAUAAGACAAACAUAGAAUAGCAUUAGGUGGAAUUUAAAUAAAAACUGAUAAAUACUUA